AUUUUCAAAUCUUAAUCCAAUAGAUCCUCAUAUCCUCAUAAUUUAAUUUGAGUGAUUUCCCCUUAACACUUGGAUUGUAAUCAUGUUGUUUUCCGUGCCAUUUUAAAGCCUAUCUUCUUUUCCCUUCAUUAGUCUUUUAUAGGAAAUUGAUAUUAUUAUAUCAAUGUAUGUAUAGAGCUCUUUUAGUUUGAAGGCCUUAGAGAUAAGGUUUAACAGCAAAUGCAAUUUUAGGCAACAAGAAAGAGAAGAAAAGAUGUUGGAAGGUAAAGCUAUUAUAGAAGACACUGACAUGCCAGCUAAGAUGCAGAUUCAAGCCAUGGCAUAUGCUUCUGAAGCUCUUGAUCUAUAUGAUGUUGUUGAUUGUAAAUCCAUUGCUGCCCACAUUAAAAAGGAGUUUGAUGCAAGAUAUGGUUGUGGAUGGCAAUGUGUGGUAGGUUCAAGUUUUGGGUGUUUUUUCACUCAUUCUAAGGGAACUUUCAUAUACUUUACUCUUGAGACUCUCAAUUUCCUCAUCUUCAAAGGAGCUUGAGCUUUUUCUUCAUCUUUUCAUGUGAAUGAAGUUCCACCAAGGGCAGUACUAGAGAAAAAUGCAGUUUAUUUCCCCUUUUCAGAUGGAAAAUAGUUUGGAGAUUAUAUUAGCAACAACUCCCCAGUCAUUAUUAAGUGAAUUAGACCCUUGUAAUGUUUUGAAGGGUGCUUUGCAUUUUUAGUAUUCAUUUUGAUUUUGUGUACAUGAUGUAAAUUUAACUUAUUUAGUUCACUAUUUCCAUAAUGAAUUGUUCUUCAGUUUUUCUUUUA